AUGCCUCUCCCUCUCUCUUAUCCCAGCCUUAAGUGCGUUUUAGAGCAUUUGGAAGCCGUUAAGCGAGCACAUAUCAUUGCUCGAUCUCCAUGUCUUCAAAAAAUAGAUAAUCUGAUUCCAUUUUGUUUAGGAAACAUUACUAUUAACACUGAUUGUUUUAAAAACGGGCUGACUAUCAACAAAUUAUCAAUCAAAUGCGAAAAAAUUGUUGUUCAAUUCAAAAUGAAUGGGAAAACAUUCAGCCGUCAGAUAUCAGUGAGCCUCGAAGUCAAAAUGAAGAAAUUGAUUAACUCUUAUAUCUCUGGAAGAUCAAAAAUCCUUGUGGACAAGUUCAAACUUCAAUCCAAGGUCCAUGUUCACAGUUUGCUUCCAGAUUUAUUGCCAGUGAAUCUGAAGUUUAUAGUGAACUCUUUGGAUGCAGUCUCCCAUGAAGACUUCGAAACCGUUAUUCCAUAUAUUGACCAUCGUAGUUUUCCCUUAAAAUAUCUGGACACUACAAUCGCCAACACCAAAACCUUCGACGAUCAAGUUGUUAAGUCCGCGGAAACCCUUGUUCUGAAUAUGUUUCAUCACCGGAUAGUCACUAUUGAAAACCUUAAAAAGCUGAACAACAAGACUGUAGUGUUGCAAUCCUUGUGGAAAUUUAGAGUUGAUAUAGUUCCAUUGAUUAAAUAUCACAUAAAGACUAAGAAAGAUAUUAGAACUACUUUUGUGAUUUCAACAGAUGACAAAGAUUUAAUUGAUAGUAUGUUAAGUGAGUUUGAACUUGCAUUUGAUGAAUUCCAAUGCGAUUUGGAUGGCGUUAAUGAGAGAUUCCGUCAGGGAUUGCCUAAGUUCUCCAUCCCAAUCAACAACGAGUCUAGAAUCCAAGUAUUCGCAAUCGAGGAGCCAGAAGAAGAUUGUCCCUAUAAAAUAAUUGUGAAACCAGUGUCUGGAUUAUGA